AUGGAGAACGACACAGCCGGAAACGCGGUGUCUGUAAAAGACGAAAUUUCUUAUGAAAACGAAUCAAUUUCAAACGUUAAACCGCGAAAACGAGAGACAGCAAGUUCACAAGAAGGAAUCGGUUAUGAACAUCACGGUCCAAGAUAUCAGAGAAGAAUUUCUCAGCCAGAACGUAAAGUCAGCUUCCAACUGGAUAUAAACAACAUUCCAUCACACGCUGACCUGUAUGAUGACACCUGUCCAACCCGUAGUCCAAGGGUGAGUUUCUCAGGAAGAGAAGGUGAUGGUAACCAUAUUCCGAAUGAAAGAAAAGCGAAAGAGAGUCGGUCACCCCAGAGAAGUCCGAAAGUCAGUUUUUCACUGGGAUCCGGCGAAGGAAACCCAAUACCAAACAGUCGCACAGGAAAGAAAACAAACGACAGUAAAUCUCCAAGAGUAAGUUUUUCUCUUGGACCUGGCGAGGGAAACCCCAUCCCAAACGAACGUACAAAUAAAAAUUCUACAAAAGAAAGCAAACCAUCACAGAGAAGUCCUAAAGCCAACCUUACUAUCAACACAAGCCUAGCUCCAGAUGAACAAAAUGCAUCCUCUCCGUCUUCUUCUUCUUCGGAAGAAACAGAUAGACCCCGUCGGCCCAGUCGUCAAAGACGAUCAGGAGUAGUCAAUAGUCCGGAUAUAGGUCGGGUGUCGUCAGCUGUAUUCUUGGAUAACCUUCCUUCCACCCAACCGAAAGAACAAGACGACCAGUCAUCAUCAACAAUAUCAGACAGUGUGAAUACAGACAUCACCUCGACAACGAGAGCGAACUGCGAGGAAGAUCUCGGUCAGGUAAACUGUGGGUAUGAAAGCGAUGAAAUCCUGGAUAACAUCGCCCUCAAAGUCGAGAGCAUCAUACAAGAUGCCCAGACUAGCGAAAUGAAGAAUGGUUAUUAUCAUGGCGGCGUCGAUAGCAAGGACGGCGGACCCGAAGGCGACAACUACGAAGAUGAAGACGAUGAAGACGACCAGGGUUUGACAUUUGACCUCCCACCAAAGGACACACUAGAAAACACCAAAUAUGAGACACCGGUGAAAAAAGAAAGCAAAAAUAUAGAUUUUGGUACACCGCUCUCAAUAAUGAAACAUAAAAAAUCGUCAUUUGCUGAUAGUAAUUACUCCGACGAUUCUACCUCCCCAGGAAGGAGUUCCCUCGCGCGUCACUUAAGGAAAGACUCUAUAGCUUUGACAAGUGAGAAGAUGGGUCAGAUUCGAGAUUUACAGAGACACUAUAAGAUGAUGAAGAAGAACAAUAUGCCCAGUUUUUGGAAGAGGAAGACGGCGUCCCUUAAGAAGUACCAGUUACAUGUCGCAGUGGCCACCAUGUUCAUGUUUGUCGUGACCAUCGUCGCUAUAGGCUGGCACUUCCAUGAUCAGUUCCAUGAAAUAUGGAAUGCCAACCAGCGAGUCUUCUUCCAGCCGUCUAGUCGAGUUCUUACUCUGAGAGACCCUGAUGAUAACAAAAUAAUGGCGAAUCUCGGUGUCAGCAUACCCAUCUGGCUUCUGCCUUCACACUGCGCAAAUGAAAAAGAAACAGGAUCGUUCACCUGUCUAAAAUGGAAGAAUAAUGCGGUAUUAAGGAUCCGCCACUUCGGAUCCAAAAAUGUAAAUUGUUAUAAUAUAACCUGGGAAGUCCUUCGCGAGGAUCUUUUUCCAGAGGACUGUUUUGUUAUAGGUACCAAUGUAUGGUUCGGACCGUCUAACACAUCAAAUGCUCUGUGGUCGUUGGACAAAGUUAACUUCACAUUUACAGCUGCAGAGACAGAUUUUUAUCCAGCCGGGACGUUUAGUUCGGCAAUGGAACGGUACUGGAUAUCCUCGGGAGGAGGUUCCAUCUAUGUGCAUAAUGAAGAUCCGGUGUCUGUCAAAUGGAAUCUCAAGAAUGACAACAAAAUAUGCUUGGUUGGGAAUAACAAUGGCAGCUUUUACGGACAGAAGAGAACUAGGGGAACAGAUCUGAACUAUACCGUUUGUCACGGCACAAAUCCGGUCACUACACAUAAAUUCGUACGAAAGUUGUUACCCAAAGGACCAAACAACCUGCCAUCCUGGCGUAGCUUAAAAUAUCCGGUUUGGUCCACGUUCGGCGUAGCACAAUCUUACGACAUCACUGACAAUGAUAUUUAUGGUUUAGCAAAAGAAAUUAACGAAAGAAACUUGAAUUGCAGUUUUAUUGAAAUUGAUGGAAAAUGGGAACAACAUUUCGGGGAUUUAGACUUUGAUUCAAAAAGAUUUCCUAACAUAACAGCUGUUGUAAAAUAUGUGAAAUCAUUAGGUUAUUCCCUCUCAGUUGAGGUCAGUCCGUAUUUUGGCUAUAAAUCUAUCAAUUUUGACGAAGGGAUAGAUGACGGGAACUUCAUCCUUGAUGCAGGAAGAAAAGUUCCAGCGUUCCUUCCCAUGCAGAACAGUAUUUAUGCAAUGCUGGACAUCACCAACCCAUCAGCAGAAUCAUGGAUGAAAAUGAAAAUGAUAAGACUUUCUUCUACAUACAAGAUCACAGCAUUCCACAUAUUUUACCGCAAUCGAUCAUGGAUGCCAUUUAGUCCAUCUUUCCAUGCAGCGGAAGUAACACCAAGUAUGAUCAGAAACCUUUUUGCAGAACUUGUGACGUCAUUUAAUGAAGUGGAUGCAGAUAUUGUCGAAGGAACAUCGGGAUCACAAAAUCAAGUUUCUUUUAUAAAUAUCCCAACCAAGGUAAGCAUUCAGUCCGAGGGCGAGUGUAUUACUGGUGUCAUAGAAACGGCCUUGACUCUGGGAAUUAUGGGAUAUCCAUUUGUGAUCGUUGACGGAAUGUUUGUACAGGAGCCAAAUGCAGGUCUUGAAGAGUUCGACUUGCCCAAUCGACAGCUGUACAUUCGAUGGAUGCAAAUGGCGUCCUUCUUUCCGGCAAUGAAAUUCGCAGUGCCGCCAUGGUCUUUUGAUGACGAGUGUGUAGAAUUAGCGCGGAACGCAUCAGCACUACACCAGGAAUACACUGUCAAAAUCAUUAACGAAAUUCAAAAGGAAAUAAAAAAUGGAGACCCAAUCAUUCGACCAAUAUGGUGGACUGCUCCAUCUGAUGAAGAAGCACACAGGGCCAAGAACGAGUUCAUGAUCGGCGAUUCCCUCUUGGUUGCCCCAGUGGUAUGUGAUCACGUCACGGAACGCCAUAUCUACCUUCCGGAGGGCUUCUGGACCGAUAUGUUAACGGGAGAUUUUAUCUACGGGGAGAGAUGGCUACUUAACUAUGAAGUAAAGAUAAACCAAAUACCACACUUUAAAAGGAAAACUGUCAUAGGACACUAG